AUGUUCAACAGAAAUUGGAGCAGUUUUUUGCUGAGACAAGCUUCACUUUAUCAUAACUUCCGCCAAAAUUGGUCUCGAUUCAGAUCAAGAGCGGUACAAUAUUCGUACACACUCUACCGAAAAGAUCGACGUUUCACCAGAUUCGCUAUAGCUGCCUCCACAGUUGGUUUCACAUUUAGAGAAUACGGAAUCAGCGGUACUCGUAUAGCAGAAUGCGAAAACUGUGAAGAAGAAUUCGCUCAUAGAAAGUCGCCAGGACAUGGAUGGGAGCUUCUAUAUGAGGAGAAAGAUAUGUUAGCAUUCCGAAGACGUAUCGAAGGACCGUAUGAGAUGUAUGAAUACAAAUGCGUCGGAACCUACUAUGAUAUAAGUCCACGCACUUUCCUUGAUGCUCAAAACGAUUUGAAGUACAGAAAAGAAUGGGACGAGAACAUUGUGACGAUUGAAGUAGUAAAAGAGGAAGAUGAGAACGAGUUGAUCAGAUGGGUAUCAAAAUUCCCCUAUCCGAUGUACCCUCGAGAAUAUGUUUAUGUUAGACGUACCUGGGUGUCUGACAAUGAAAAGUUCGCCGUCAUCGACAGCGAAUCUGUGCAGCCAGAGGUGUUCCCAUCGAGUUCUAAAUCGAAUGUUCGUGUGAAAUCCUACUCCUCCCGCAUGUCGAUUCGAGCUCAUACCAAUUGGGAGGCACACGGAGUCGACUAUAUCUUGACGUACUCUGACAAUCCAGAGGCCAACAUUCCCCGCUACGUAUAUAACUGGAUGGUUAAUAAAGGUGGCCCAUAUUUCUUGAAACAAGUUCAUAAAGCUGCUCGAGAAAUCGAAAGUAGUGGGAGAGAAGUACGAUCGGCUACUGAGAAAGCUCUGAAGACUAAGAAUGGUAGGGUAUACGAUCGUUUGGCGAAAGAGAAAGAAGAAAAGGAGAAGCAACAACAAGAAGCAGAAAAAGCACGUAGCAAUCAAGAAAAUAAUGGUGAAAAGAAGCCCCCGAAACCUCAAAAGGUCCGUCCAGCAUCCACGGCGAACUCUUUCGUGUUACAGCAAGAACAUGUGAAUUAUCAGAGAACUGCUUAA